AUGAGUAACAAUCAGGGCCCCUCCAGCUUCAGCUUCAGCUUUAGAUGGAAGACCGUGAUAACCCUUCUCGCCAUCCUCCUCCCCGCACUGGCACUUGCUUUUUCCAACCCAUUAUUCUCCUCCUCCCUAUCUUCUCUAUUACCCAAUUUCAACUACCCCCUCCUCUCCGCAGACGAGACGAUUGUCAACGACGCAGCCCAUAUCCAAACCCAGCUCCUGGGCACCUGGCAUCUCGAAUCCUUCGAGCUGCGCAUCCACUUACCCGGUCCUCCUCUCCUCGCCGGCCUGACAAUAUGGACACACUACCCCUUGAGGCACAACCCCAGGGGACUUCUCCUCUACACAGCAGACGGGUACAUGUCCGCUCAGCUGAUGCAGCAGCAGCAGCAGCAGCCCGGCUCCUGUGCGAGAUUCGCGCACGAAGCGUACCAACUCGCGUCAGACACGGAGCUGGCCUGCGCCGCGAGACGGUAUCUCGCGUAUUCGGGUACUUAUACCGUUGACGUAAUAACAGACACUAAUACCAAGCUGGCUGCUGUGGCUGUUGUCAACCACUCAGUGCACGUCUCCCUGUUCCCGAACUGGCUGGGCACGACGCAGACGAGGAUUGUGCAGCUAAAGGAUGAUCGGUUGAUGCUUGUGCCGCUGGAAGAGGGGUUGCCGAGGUGGAAGGUGAGAAAGAAAUCAACAGAACCAUAA